CCUCUCUCUUACUCUCCUUCACAUUCACUUCUUUACUCUUCUUAGUCAGUGCAUUCUAUAAAUUACCACCCAUCAUGGCUGCCACUACCAUCGCUCCUGCUGCGGAGACUACAACUGUUCCUAUCGGAAAGGAUGGCAAGCCUCUCAAGCCAUGCUGUGCUUGUCCCGAAACCAAGAAGGCUCGCGAUCAGUGUGUCUUUAACCAGGGCGAAGAGAACUGCCUUGAGCUUAUCAAGGCCCACCAACAAUGCUUACGUGAUCUCGGAUUCAAGAUCUAGCGAAAACAACUAAGAACGACAAGUAUCAACAAACAAUAACAAUAACAACAAUAACAAGCAUAUUAUAGUCAGGCAUCCAUUCUUUUGCUCUCUCCACCUACUCUGUAUUUUCAUAAGAAAAAACAACAUUUACAAACAACAACAAAACAACAAAGUGUAGUGGUAUGACUGGUGCCCUUGCACCUCUUCAUUGCUACACUGUCCAUUUGAUCACUUUUUUUUUUUUACAUAGAAUCCUUCCCUUUUUUUUGUGUAUUAUUUUCUAAAUAGACAACG